CCUGACUGCCAGGGUGAUUCCUACGGUUACCAAGGGCUGCUUCCUACUGUAGCUUACCGUGUGCUGUGUGGCAAACUAUUUUAUAACCUCUGGAUAAAUUAUCAACCACGGGAAUGAUAUCCCCAGCGAUAAAGGGUUAAUGUUUCCUUACCGGGCGCCCCCAGGGUCGCUUUCAAGCCUGACUGCUGACAGCUGACACCUCUGUCAUCCUCCUGAGCGAUCUAAUCGAUCACCUCUAGCUCGACAAGACAGCACACCAGGUUCUGCUCCGUUCUGCUGGCGGUUGAGUAGAGCAGGCUCUGUGUUGCCCUGAGCCCGGCUAUCUCAGCAGGACUGCAUCACCAUGGAUACAGAGUCCACCUACUCGGGCUAUUCCUACUACUCGGGGCGCUCCCGGGGAUCCCACAGACAUGGAGAGCGAAGCCGGGACCGGCACAAGUCGCGCAGCAAAGACAGCCGCUCGGAGAAGUCUGUAACGAUUAACACGCCGCCUGCAGAGCCGCUGCUAGGCGACACAGCUGUACGGGGGGAGCAAGUCCAGGAUGACAACUGGGGCGAGACCACCACAGCCGUCACGGGCACCUCGGAGCACAGCCUCUCUCAGGAGGACAUCGUUCGCAUCACAAAGGAUCUGGAGGACAGUGUGGGGCUCGACUGCCGCCGUUACUUCACACGGACCCUGGCAAUAAUCUUAGGCCUGCUGGUGUUUCUCACGCCACUGGCCUUUCUGGUGCUACCCCAUAUCCUCUGGCCAGACAAGCUGCAGAGCUGCGGGACGGCCUGCGAGGGCCUCUUCAUCUCUGUGGCCUUCAAACUGCUCAUACUGCUGCUGGCUGUCUGGGCGCUCUUCUUCAGACCAGCGCGGGCAGGACUCCCAAGGGUCUAUGUAUUCCGGGCUCUACUUGCUGUACUGGUUCUGCUCUUUGUGAUCUCCUAUUGGCUCUUCUAUGGAGUCAGGAUACUCGACUCACAGGACGAGAACUACCAGGGUAUCGUGCAGUACGCCGUGUCGCUUGUGGACGCUCUCCUCUUCAUCCACUACCUGGCCAUCGUCCUGCUGGAACUGCGGCAGCUUCAGCCGUGCUACUCUGUGUGCGUCACACGCUCCACAGAUGGCGAGACAAGGCACUACAACCUGGGACAGCUCAGUAUUCAGCGGGCAGCUCUGGCCAUCAUAGAGCACUACUACUGUGACUUUCCGGUUCAUAACCCAGCGCUGCUUUCCGCCUCCAAGUCCCGCGCUGCCAAGCAUCUGGCUGGCCUCAAGGUGUACAAUGUGGAUGGUGAGUUCCCAGCAGCCCCUGCUGAGGGUCCCGGGAACAACGCAGCAGCGGGAAUCGCCCAUUCUCAGUCCAGAGCCAUGAUCGCAGCUGCCGCCCGCCGCAGAGACACCAGCCACAACGAGCUGUACUACGAAGAGGCCGAGCACGAGAGGCGCGUCCGCAAACGCAGAGCACGGCUGGUGGUGGCAGUAGAGGAAGCGUUUACACACAUCAAGCGCAUGCAGGAGGAAGAGCAGAAAAAAGCACCUGGGGACGUUAUGGACCCUCGAGAAGCAGCACAAGCCAUCUUCCCAUCCAUGGCUCGGGCCCUGCAGAAGUACCUGAGGACCACCAAGCAACAGCACUGCCACAGCAUGGAGAGCAUCCAGCAACACCUGGCCUUCUGCAUCACCAACAACAUGACGCCCAAGGCGUUCCUUGAGAGCUACCUGACUCCAGGUCCAACCGUUCAGUACAGCCGGGACUUCUGGCGAGCCCGUCAGUGGACGCUGAUCAGCGAGGCAUCAGUCACCAACGGCCUGAAAGACGGCACCAUCUUCCUGCUCAAAUGUGUGGACUUCAGCCUGGUGGUGACGUCCAAGAAGAUCCCCUACAUCCAGAUGUCCGAGGAGUACAUCGAUCCCAAAUCACACAAGUUUGUCCUGCGGCUACAGUCGGAAACAUCUGUAUAGGACUCCAGAUGUUUUAUUUUUAUUUCACACCCUGUUGCUCUCCAAUAUUUUCAUUUUGGGUUUUGCAGUUUUUAAUUUUUACUUUUUUAAAAAUAUAUUAUAUAAGAAUCUAGCUAUCGCACACGUUUGAAUAUAUUGAUCUUUUAUUGUUGAUAAAAUCGAAAAAAGAAGAGUUGCAGCAGGAUUUUUGCUCACUGGAGUUUGGACACGGUUAAGUGCACGUGUGUGUGUGUGUGUGGGUGUGCGUGUGUGUGUGUGUGUGAUGUAAUUUUGUGUCAAAACAAUCACUCCUUCAAACAAGAUGGGAACAAGGAGCAUUUAAAGGUUUCCAACAUCUCCACAGAGAGCAGUUUUUGUGUUGGAUUUCCAUGAGACGGACAGAGCGACAGGAGGAAAGUGUGUUGUUUUGUUGUUUUGUCUACACUUGGAAGUAUUUGAAUAUUUUUGGACACCAAAAAAAAUGAAAUGGACUUAUAUAUAUACAAGAAUGAAACAACUUCAGAUUCAGCGUUAAAUGCACAUUCACAUGACGGUGGGAAUGAUCUCAGUCUGCACAUAAAGGAAGAGGCACAGUCUCCUCAAACAAACACUUUUUCCUGACAGCUGAGACGUCACACUCCACCGUGUCCAUCCUGUGGCGUGCGGCCCACGCCCUUGAGCGCUAACUUUAGCAGCCAAAGUCGGGACUCUUUGAGUUGUUUUCAGUUCCUCUCCAGGUGCAACGGAGCACAAAUCUGAAACGUUUCCACUCCAGUCGGGAGCGACGCAAGCGUGCCGUGUUUGAACACCAGGGUGAACUCGGCAUGAACCGGAUAAUAGGAGACGCACUGAGAUGGACACGUGCCCAAAAACAUUUGCCCUGCCUCAGCGGUUCAGUAACCUUCUCAGGGCUUUCAUGUCGCCCACAUCUGCCUGACGUGAUGGAAGGGGAAGGCAGCGGGAAAGAGAGACCCAGCCAUCAUGUUGGAAUUAAAAAGUACUACUGAUUUCUCCAGACUUUGGGUUACAAAGCAGAUGUAUUCAUUGUGUGUACAUUCUCCUUUAGACCUCAGUUUUCAAAUAAUGGUUGAAGUUACAGGUAACACCUCUCCCACCUGGCGUGAGGUGGGAGUUAAGUUACCAUUGCGUCCACUUUCACAGCACUGACCCUCCUUUUUCUAAACUACUGUCUGCAAACACUCCACGUUUCCUUUGUUUUGUUUGGGUUUUGACAUAUGUAUGCACACGUGGUGCAAGUAUGCACCUUUUACCUUUAACUUACCCCUGCUGCAAUGCUUUUAAUUUGAAAAUUCAAGAGAAAAUGUUCCAUUUUCUUUCUCUGUAGUGAAGUGAAAACAGACAUUAAUGCUUAAUUUGCAAGAUGAGCAACUAAACAACUGGCUUAAACAAACAGCAACAUGUAAAGUCUGAUUUCAUCUUUCAGGGCUCACAGGGUUUCAUUAUGUAUGAUGAUAAAUCACCAGAGUCUUUAUCAGCAGUGAGAGCUGCGGCAGCAGGGCGGAACCUCCUUCCCAACUGGACUGUCUGGUUUUCCUUUACUGCCUCGUCUCACCCCUGUUGUCUGACAAUUCCCUCGAGGUCAGUCCUUUCAUGGAAGGCUCAGAAGGGAUUCUCUCGCCUGCUGAAUGGGUUUACACCGGCAGGCCAGAAAAAUACAGUUAAAUGAAGUUAAAAUGACACGUGUCUGUUCCUCUGUUACUGUCGAAACUGAUGAAACUGAUCUGGUAAAAUCACCAAAGAGAAGGAAAAAAAAAGAAGAGUCGCACUGAGCACGCUCAAGAAGACAUGCAAGCAGUAUAGCUGUGCCUGAGAGCAAGGUUGUCCCCUACUGCCCCCUGGUGAUGCAACACAGCAUUGUCACUGCAUGUUUUCAGACAAAAAGAAAAAAAACUACUGGUAAUUUUAUACUAUAAUUAUUUCACUGUAAACAAAAUGUUAAAACACCUGCAAAAAAGUCAGAUACGUGCUGUUUUCUGUGUGACACGUCCACAGCAAAUCCUUUUUUUUUUUUUUUAAUUUUUCAACACGUGUCAUUGGUCAGAUUUUGUACCAACUGACAGAUAAACUUUGUAUGAUCCUGAUGUGAUGGUGCCUCCUGUUUUUAAACUCUAUCUAUUUAUGUAAGCGAGUGUGUGUUUGUGCGUGUGCCAUUCCAAUUCACGCAACCAGCCCCAACCCGACCCCCUCCUCCACCAUCUGUCACACUGUUGCCAAGUUACAGUCCUCUGUCAUGGAUUGGUUUCUGAUGGGCGGUUUUCUGAUAAUGAACGUGACGUUGCAAUGUAAGAUGUGUUUCGGUCUCACAGCGUUAGCGUUUGUAGAAAAAAAUAAAUCAUUUUUAUGAACAUU